AUGGCAUGCAGACCCUGCACACCGAGGGUGCGUCUUCUAUUGGGUCAGGGCAAGGCGCUCUUUCAGACGGAGGAGAAGAGUUCCGGCAAUGCGGCAGCAGACUGUCCGCAUAUUGUCGGCGCCGAGGCAGUGGACGUAGCAGCGUCAACCGAAGCGGUCUGUCCAAGCUUUGUGCAUCUCCACUUUCCACUGCUUCCACACUCGGCUGCCCUGCCUGUGGGUUUCAACGCCUCCGGCAUCCAACAUCUCACAAUCUCAACCUGCUUUCUGUCGGACUACGAUGUCUCCCGCAUGGAGGAAGACCUAGAGGAACUCUGUGCCAGAAGUAUUCUCCCUUUUCUCUCCUCCUGCUUCUCCGGUGACAGCGAUGGCGGAGUAGCACUCUGUGCUUUGGAUAUUUCCGCUGAGUUGGCGCUGGGUCUGUGUUCUGCCCUCGAGAAGUGUCCCGUGGAUACGCGCUUGGCUACCGUCAAGGAGCUGAGCAUUGGAAAUCAGACAGGACUGGGUAUACCCAACUACCGUCUGCCAGCAUCUCUGCCACCUGUGCGCAGUCUGGUGCGGUUGCUUCGCUUAUUCCCAGCCCUUAGGUGUCUGCGUCUACAAUGCAAGCGGUUUAUUCGGUGCGCCAGCAUGAAUGAAAUAAUGCGUAGCUAUGCCGGCGCCCACCUCCAACGUCUUUUCGUGUGUACGCGCUUUGGCGGCCGAUUUUUGCCGGCUCUGCCGCCCAAUCAAAUCAGCGCCCCCCUUCUAGACGUAUUAGAUGGUGGGGAAAAGGAAGACGAAGGGAUGCAGGCAAACAAAAGGGCGAGGAGAGAGGUGGCUGAGUCUCCGGUUCUCCCUACUGGCGUCCGGAUGCGGUACCUAGCGAUCGGACUUAGCAAGAAACAACUUCCCGACAAGGCCUGUCUUGAUCAGUUCUUUCAAUCGAUCCCCUGUCUGGAGUGGUUUGUGGUGAUUGUUCACGAUGACGACAAAACUCUU